AUGACUGGACGCGGUAAAGGUGGAAAGGGUCUCGGCAAGGGUGGUGCCAAGCGUCACCGAAAGAUCUUGAGAGACAACAUCCAAGGUAUCACCAAGCCUGCCAUCCGACGUCUCGCUCGUCGUGGUGGUGUCAAGCGUAUCUCGGCCAUGAUCUAUGAGGAGACCCGCGGUGUUUUGAAGACCUUCCUUGAGGGUGUCAUCCGUGAUGCUGUCACGUACACUGAACACGCCAAGCGAAAGACCGUCACAUCUCUCGAUGUCGUGUAUGCUCUCAAGCGACAAGGCCGCACUCUCUACGGUUCGUACUUUCCUUCAGCCAGCUUCAUGUCUUGCCAUUUCCUAACCAUUGCUGCAGGUUUCGGUGGUUAA